ACUUUUCCAUCGACUGUCAAAGCUAGAGUAAUCGUCCGAACGAUAGGACUACGCGUCGCGUAAUAAUUCUCGGUUUUUGUUUUGUCAUAAUUUUUUCAAUCAAAAUUUAGGCCAUAAACUCUAAGAGAAUAUUAAACCAAAGAUAGGUGGAGGCGAAGACCACCAGGAACUCCUAACUCGGUUAACUCUUUGCCAUGCAUUUGGCACACAGUGAAAACAACAACUGGACAUAGAAAACUCAUUAAAUAAUUAGUGAUCUGUGUCGUCGUUGCGUUGUACCCACUUUAUCCAAUAAUAGGUAAUUUGAUUUGUGCUCUGGACGGGACGCUAACGCUACUUGCUUGGUGUCUGGGAAAAAUCAAUUCAGUGCGGUUCCGUUUGAAGUGGAAGAGUGCUGCCAUACGAACCACGACACGACACCACGGCCGAUGAUUCACAUUUUCAUUUUCCAAAACAACAAAAAGUGAGAAUAUUCUUUUUAUUUUUGGAGAGAAAUUACAAUAGAAAAUCCAAUAAAUACCCAAUUAAGAGCAAUAGUGAAGGUGUGAAGAAAAGUGAGUAAUAAAGUGCACUCUGCCAGAACUCCUCUAUUGCGCUCCAGGGCUCCAUAGAGGAGACCUGUUGGCCUUCCGUGUCAAAAGCGGAUAAAUCGAUUUUCUUGCUUCACAAUUUCGGCUUCGUCGUAACAAUCAGAAUCGAAAUCAGGACUCGGGACGGGUUUCUUUUACAUUAAUACGCAUAUAGUAUAUAUAUUUUUUUUUAGUUCGUUGCGGUUGUUAUCCUUUGUGUCCUCGUUGUGUUUUUUCGUCCUCGAAAUAGUUCUCGAAUUGUGUUUGUGUCAUGGUGAAAAAUAUGAAACAAAAUAAAUAUGAAAAGCUCCCACAGGAUUUAGACUUGAGCUUUAACUUAGAUCAGCAAGAGAACGAUAGUGGUGGCGGUGGCGGCGGCGGUGGUGGUGGUGGUCAACAACAACAAGGUCUGAUCGGGACAGGAGGUGUACCUGGAGGUGGUGGACAUAGUCCACAAAAGUAUCCGCCGAUAAAAGGCAUAGGAAGUGACUCUGACGAUAUUACAUCGAUUUUGGCGGGAUCAACACUAACCCCCGAGAUGCUACUUUCCACAGCGGAAUCGUCAACUUAUACCGCCCAAGAGGUUGCCGGUCGGUUGCAAGUUGACGUUCGUACCGGCCUCAAAUGGACCGAAGCUAAAUAUCGAGCCAAGAUAAUUGGCCACAAUGAGCUGAAUGUGAUUGAAGAGGAUCCCACCUGGAAGAAAUAUAUUGAACAAUUUAAGAAUCCACUGAUUCUGCUGCUCCUGGGCUCGGCGGCAGUUUCGAUUUUUAUGAAACAGUUUGACGAUGCAGUCAGUAUAACGAUUGCGAUAAUAAUUGUCGUGACAGUGGCUUUCAUCCAAGAAUACCGCUCGGAGAAGUCACUGGAGGAGCUCAAGAAACUAGUACCGCCGGAAUGUCAUUGUCUGCGUGAGGGCCGGCUAGACACGUUUCUGGCGAGGGAACUUGUGCCCGGCGAUGUGGUGUACUUGAAUGUGGGCGAUAGGGUGCCGGCCGAUGUAAGGCUGUUCGAUGCUAUCGAUUUGUCAAUCGAUGAGUCGAGCUUUACCGGCGAAACGGAGCCGGGACGAAAAUGCACUGAGCUGGUUCUGAACAACAGCGGCAACAAGGAUCACACCAAUAUGAAGAAUAUUGCAUUUAUGGGCACCCUAGUUCGUUGUGGAAAUGGAAAGGGAAUUGUUGUGAGUACAGGAGAGCGAAGUGAGUUCGGCGAAGUCUUUAAGAUGAUGCAGGCCGAAGAAGCGCCCAAAACUCCUCUGCAAAAGUCCAUGGACAUUCUGGGAGCUCAAUUGAGUUUCUAUUCAUUCCUCAUCAUCGGCGUUAUCAUGCUACUCGGCUGGUUGCAGGGCAAACCUUUAACAGAGAUGUUCAAUAUCAGUGUAAGUCUCGCUGUAGCAGCCAUUCCCGAAGGUCUGCCCAUCGUGGUAACAGUGACUCUGGCCUUGGGUGUGAUGAGAAUGGCCAAACGAAACGCCAUCGUCAAGAAACUCCCAACCGUCGAGACUCUGGGUUGUGUAAAUGUGAUCUGCUCCGACAAGACCGGCACCCUGACCAAAAACGAAAUGACAGUCACUGUGAUAAUAACCUCCGAUGGCUAUAUGGCCGACGUGACAGGAGCCGGCUACAACGAUCAAGGUGAAAUUCACAUCCGAAAUUGCAACAAUGUCGAAGUAGCCAAACAAAAUAUCACAAGUUUAUUGGAAAUCGGUGCCGUUUGCAACAAUGCCUACAUCCAAAAUGAAACCCUCCUCGGCCAGCCCACCGAAGGAGCUCUAAUUGCCGUCGCCAUGAAGAACGGAAUGUAUGCCACAGCUGAGAAUUAUGUUCGCAUUCAGGAGUAUCCAUUUUCGUCGGAACAAAAGAUGAUGGCUGUAAAAUGUAUUCACAAGUACAACAACAACAAGGAGGAGCUAUUUUUUGCCAAAGGUGCUUUGGAAAUGCUUUUGCCACAAUGCACAAAGUAUAUGUACGGAGCGCAGGCAUUAACUCUAUCGAAACAAAAUGAAGCUGAAUUUUUGGCUGAAGCCUAUGAAAUCGGUAGGAAGGGUUUGCGAGUGUUGGCACUAGCUAAGGGUAAAUCACUGCAGGAUUUGAUUUAUUGUGGCCUAGUUGGAAUCACUGAUCCACCAAGGCCGUUGGUGCGGGAAUCAAUUGAAUUGCUGAUGCAGAGUGGUGUAAGGGUGAAGAUGGUAACGGGCGAUGCACAGGAAACAGCUAUGGCUAUAGCCAAUUUGAUUGGAAUCGAUACAAUCCACCACCAGACACUAUCUGGACAAGAAAUGGAUCAACUGAACGACCAUCAACUGGACAAAGUUGCUAAUAACGUCAGUGUUUUCUACAGAGUAACCCCAAGACACAAACUCUCCAUAGUCAAAUCCCUACAAAGAACUGGCAACAUCGUCGGAAUGACUGGAGAUGGUGUAAAUGAUGGAGUGGCUCUGAAAAAAGCUGAUAUCGGCAUAGCCAUGGGCAAGAAUGGCACAGAUGUGUGCAAGGAGGCGGCUGAUAUGAUCCUUGUCAAUGACGAUUUCCAUACAAUCAUAGCUGCAAUUGAAGAAGGCAAAGCGAUCUUCUAUAACAUUCGCAAUUUUGUGCGAUUCCAAUUGAGCACAUCCAUCGCAGCCCUCUCCCUGAUUGCCCUAGCUACCCUAAUGGGCAUAGCCAAUCCCCUGAACGCCAUGCAGAUCCUCUGGAUCAACAUCAUCAUGGAUGGACCACCAGCUCAAUCGCUCGGCGUCGAACCGGUCGAUCAUGAUGUCCUCAAGCAGAAGCCUCGCAAUGUCAAACAGCCAAUGCUCACCAAGUCGGUUAUCGUUAAUGUUCUUCUCAGUGCCAGUAUCAUUAUCCUAGGCACACUCUGGGUAUUCCAACGAGAAAUGGCCGACGGGACACUUGGCAAGACAAAACGUGACACCACCAUGACCUUUACCUGUUUUGUAUUCUUCGAUAUGUUCAAUGCGCUCAGUUGCCGUUCGCAAACCAAAAGCGUCUUUAAGAUCGGUCUAACCUCCAAUCGAAUGUUCCUCCUUGCCGUGGGAUUCUCAAUUAUCGGACAAAUGCUUGUGAUCUAUUUCCCUCCCCUUCAAAUGGUCUUUCAAACUGAAGCCCUCUCAGCCUAUGACAUACUCUUUUUAUUGAGUCUCACAUCAUCGGUGCUGAUUGUGGCCGAAAUUAAGAAAUGGUUCGAACGAACCAUGGAACGAAAGAUCUACAAGACCAGAACUGAUUUGGAUUUCGUAUGACAAAACGCAAGCGCUGGAAGAUUGUUAAAAAAUGAUUAAACUUUAUAUCUAAUGAAUAAAAGUAAAUAAAAUAAAACUAAAUAAACCAUAGAUAUAUAGGUAGAGAGAGAGGGGGGAGAGUGAGAAGAAAAAGAGAGAGGAAAGAGAAAAAGAGCGAGAGACAGUAUGAAAUAUUGAAUGGAACAUUUUGCGUUUCAUAAAUAAAAUCAGAGAUAUUUAGUUUUUUUUUAAUAUUUUAUAUAAUUUUUGUUUAAAGUUUUGUUUUUUAUUUCUUUAAAUAAAUAAACGAAAGUAUAAAUAACCAAGAGAGCAGAUUAAUAUAGUUUUAAAUUUUAUUUUAAAUUUGUUUUAUAAUUUAUCAUAAUUAGUGUAAAAUUUUAUUUUUAACAUCCGGCCGAGUUAAUAUUGAGAAUCGAAUCUUUGCAAAAUUUUAGUUUAUUUUUGUUUCUAUUUUGAUUUUGUAUUUAAUAAAUUUAAACAAAAAUGCAGAACUACCAAAAUUAAGAUUUUAUAUCAGUUAUAAAACAAACUCCAAAGAUUAUAAUUGCCUCCCAAGGGGAGAAAAAGAUCUCCUGGAUUUUAAGAUGAUGGAGGCAACUAUGAGGAUGACAAUAGAUCAAUUUUUAUUAAUAAUUUUAAAUACGUAUAAACUAAAAAAAAGAACAUAAUGAAAAUGAAGAGAGAACAAUUUCUUUUUGUGAUAUAAUUUUAAGCAAUCAUGUUCUUUAUGUUUUUCUUUAAAAUUUAAUUUUAUGUUAAAAUUCAUUUAUUAUUAUUUUUAAUAUUUUUGUUUUUUAAUUUGUUCUUUUUAAAUGAAUGUGUAUUUUGAUGAGGAUAAAUGAAUAUACUUAUUUUUAAGAUUUAAUUUUGAUAUUAUAAUAUUAAUUUGUAAAUUGGUUCUACAUACAAAAAUAAUAUGAUUUAAUAAAAUUUAAGUUAAAAUACAUUUUUAAGUUUAUUUUUUUGUUUCAAAUAUAAUUUUGACACAGAAUUCAAAACAAAAGGAGACUUGAAGAAUCGAUUUUUGUCCUGAAAACAUUUAAAAGUCAUGUUUAAGGAUGUUUUGUAGCUAAGUUGACUUUUUUUAACGAAAGGAUUAAUAUCUUCAUGGAAUAUGAUUUAAGAAGCUCAAAACGAGACGAUCCUUAAUCAUUCACCUUUAAACAAUUUAAAUUAAAUUUUCAAUACAGAAUUUUUGUAAGUCUUAUAAGAUUCUUUAAAAUCGGCCAGAAAUCAUAAAAUCAUUGUUAAGUAUGAAUUUUGUUUUUAUUUUAUUUUUAUUUUCCUCGCUUUUUUCCUUGUUUUUUUUAUUUUAUUUAUUUUUAGCUGGUGACAGUGAGACAAGAGUAAAUUAAAAAACAAAACAACCCUAAUUAAAGAUAAUACCUAAAGCAACAACAACAGCUAAUAAAAUAUAUUUAAACAACAACAACAAAAAGUGAAAAUCAUUUGAACAACAUUAAAUUUCUGAACAUCUAAGGAAUUUGGAACAAGAAACAAAUCUUCUAGCGCGUUACGUUAUGUUAACGUUAUUAAAAAAAAAAUAAAAGAAAAACAAAAUAAAUUUGAAAAAAAUUGGACUUAAAUAAACAAAAAAAAAUUGGAUAAGAAAUUAAGUAAAACUAAUUUAAAAAAUAUUUGUUGUUUUACUUCCUUAAUUUUAAAAUUGAAAUUUAAUAUUAUAUGAAUUUAUUAACGCACAACUUUUUUCCCUUUUAAUUUGUUUGCAAAAAAUUGUAAGAAAAACAAAAUUACAUAUAAAAUAGAUACAACAUAUGUUUUUGUAGCGCACGAGGAUUUAUUUAAAACAACACAUGAAAUAAAAAGAAAUCUGAAUUAAAAGAGAUAAAAAUAACACCUUUAUAAAAAGAAAGAGUGAUACAAAACCUACCAUCAAAAUAAGUAAAGUUUGGAAAAACAAAAAAAAAACUUUUAAAAAAUAAAAACAAUAACUUGAAACACCAAACCUAACAACUUAAAAAUUUAACAUCAAGAGCAAGCAAUAAAACCGGUUUUCAAACAUGUUUAAUAAUAAUAAUUAUUAAAGAAACAAAAAAAAAAGAAAUAUUUUAA